AUGUAUAAUGCUCUCACCGGUCUGGGUGGCUCCGGACAGGUAGACCAGACGGUAGCUGCGAAUGCCAACGUUGCUCUGCUCUCUGCGACAGCCGGAACAGCUUUGUUCGUAGUCGGGCCCAUCUUUGACCGUGUUGGUCCUCGUGUCUGUUUAUUGAUAGGAGGAUGGACGUAUCCUUUGUACUCCGGGAGUCUUUUGUGCUUCAACGCCACCAGCAACGGGGCUUUUGUUAUCGCAGCGGGUGCUAUUUUAGGUGUCGGCGCAUCAUUCCUCUGGGUGGCUCAAGGCGCCAUCAUGACAACCUAUAUUCCUGAAUCUCAAAAAGGUCGCGCUAUCGCUACGUUUUGGAUCGUAUUCAACCUGGGUGGUGGAGUUGGCUCCUUAGCAAGCUUCGCACUCAACUAUCAUUCGCAAAGUGGCACCGUAUCCAACGCCACGUACAUUGCACUAUUGAUCAUCAUGGCGGUCGGAUGGCUGAUCGGUAUCUUCAUUUGUCCACCAUCAUCAAUCCGGACAGUGCAGCUGCAAGCGCCGACAGAAGAGGAAAAGAACUGGAAAAAAGUCAGCGUUCGAACCGUUCGCAUCAUGUCCCACUGGCGAGUUCUGUGCAUGCUUCCGCUAUUCUUCUGUGCCAAUGUGUUCUAUUCCUACCAGCAAAAUGAAGUCAAUGGGAAAACCUUCAACAUCCGUUCCCGGUCGCUUAAUGGAGCGCUUUAUUGGAUCGCCCAGAUGUUCGGAGGUCUGAUCAUGGGUUUCAUGCUUGACAUGCCCCAGCUUACUCGUCCCACCCGAGCCCGACUCGGAUGGUUAUUCCUCUUCGUGACUGGCAUGGCAAUCUGGGGUGGCGGAUAUGCAUUUCAAAAAUGGUCAACCCGACGGCAAGAACUGGGUCUGAAACAAGAUAUUGACUAUACUGAGAGCUCUAUCUCCGUAGGGCCGAUCUUUCUAUAUAUCUUUUAUGGUUCAUACGAUGCAUUCUGGCAAUCAUUCUGCUACUGGCUUAUGGGGGCCCAGUCCAACUCCCCUGCCGUCGCUGCUAUUCUCGUGGGGUCAUAUAAGACCUUCCAGGCCGCAGGAGGGGCAAUGGCCUGGCGGAUUAACGCAAUUGGUAAAGCCCCGAUGACUCAGUUCGCUAUGGAUUGGGGUCUUUGUAUGGGGGCUUUGGUUAUUGCUAUUCCGUCGGUUCUUGCCGUCACUCUUACUAGUACGCAGCCAGAGCCAAGGGAUGAUAAAACAAUAUCUGGGGAGUAA